AACUAAUCUACCUUAACUCCCCACUCUGGGAUCUUACUUACCUAAGGGACCAACCAUUAACUUCCAGUCGCGUUUACCGCUACCGCUACCGCUACCGAUAUACCGGCGCAAACAAUUCUUAUAUCCAACGUUACCAUCCACUCAUCUUUUAUAUUUAUCUCUCCUAGCGCCUUCUCAAACAUCGUGCCACUCCUUAUUAUUGGAAGGUUCCUUUUAAAGUGAUAUAUUAUCGGGACUGAUCAGGAAGGUGAGCCAGAGCUCAAAUUCACACAGAUAUCCCGAUUAUGCGCAUGUGAUUCCAACUGCUUCAGCCAACAAAGUAAUUGGCCCCUCCCUGCAUUACGUUGCACUGUCUUUUUUCUGGGACGCCGCCGCAGCAAUAAAAAAAAAGAUGAACGGAGAGUUAGAAGGAAACUUAGAUAUCUGAUUACAGAAAGAAAAGACAAAAAUCGAAGAAAAAGAAAAGAAAGCGAAUAACAAUAGGCAACGCAGCAAUAAUUACCGGAAUCAAUGCAUCUUACCAUUCCCUUCCUCUAGUUUCAAGCUUUCCAGUUUCCUCUAUCUUCGCGCGCGUUAUCGCUUGCUCUUUGAACACGCUCUCACCAUCACCUACCCAAAGAGCGUGCCCCUCCGCUUAGAGGGCCAGGUUAACAACGAUGCCUAGAGACGAUCUCUCCAUAGACUUCGUAAAGAAGAUGGCGCCCUCGACCGACGCGCAAGACCCUGCCGCCAUCCUCGAAGAUUUCAUUCAUCGAACCGCCAACCUGCCUGAAGAGAUCCGCUUCAUCCAAGAUGAGAUAGCCGACAAAGACCGCACGUAUCAGGAGUGUGUUAAAACAAUCGAAGAGAGCGACGCUAAGAUCCAACGCUGGAUUCGUAUGAAUGGUAGCCACACGCCUUUCCCCCGCGAGCAGAUGUUACGCGAGACCAUCCGCGAAAAUUAUACUCGAGCAGACAAGCUUGCGGAAGAGAAGAUCCAGCUGGCCCAGAAGGCCCAGACGCUCUUUGACAAACAUAUCCGACAUCUCGACCUACAGAUCAAGCAGCUUGGCGACCGAAACGAACCCGGGUUUACUGACCCCGACGAGAUACCUUCCGUCGUACGACCGAGCGCCGCCAACAAUAGUAAUACUAGCCUUCGGGUGCUCGCGGUCUCGGCAGCUAGUAACACGCCGCUCAACCCUAUCACUAAUAAUGCGACCCCGACCGGAUCGAGAGCCGCCAACCCCCAGAUCAGGACCACCCAAUCACAAGCACACAUCUCCAGCUCCGCACCUACGUCUCCCGCCGCAAGCAUGAUCAUGAGCAACCGCAACCAGCGCGAGUCCUCUGCCGGACCUGGAAGCGGUGCUCCGAAGAGGGGCCCACGAGUGACUUCCAGCUUAGGUAGCUUGCCGACAGCGUCGAGUGGACUAGCUCGUCAUGCUUCUCUCGGACCAGGGACGCCCAAGGCAGGGACACCGGGGGCAUCGAGGGCAGGUAGUGCUGGCCCGCGGGCCAGUUCGAAAGCCGGGAGCGUAGGUGUCGGGAGGAAAGGCACACCAUCAGCUGGAGUUAGCCGAAAGAAACCUCCGAACUCGAAAUCGACGUUGUCGCGUGUCAAACGAGCGGGUAUAUCCAAGGGGUCACCGGUAUCGACCGCCGACAGCGAGCUUUCGGACGCGGAAUCGGUGCGGUCGUCGCGCGCGGGAUCUAGGGCCGGCAGCGGCACGCCCGUGCCCCGCCCGCAUAACACUCACCAUCAUCAUCGCAAACAUUCGCAGCUCGACGGGGACGAGGAGAUGCGGGACCGGGGCUCGGCGUCGGCGGGCUCGGGAGGCUCGGACGACGAGGACGAGGAAGGCAAGAAGUACUGCCUGUGCCAGCACGUAUCGUACGGCGAUAUGGUGGCUUGCGACAACCCGGCCUGUCCCUACGAGUGGUUCCACUGGACCUGCGUCGGCCUCAAGUCCGAACCCGAGGGCCGCUGGUACUGUCCCUCGUGCACCGAGAGCAUGAAGAAGAAGGGGAAAUGAAGAAACAUAGGAAAUGCGAAUCGACAUCGAAUGGAAAGUCGGUUCGGUUGGGUUCACUCUUAUUACUAUUUAUUUAUUUAUUUGGGGGUAUGUAUACCUUAGGUACCUUAGCACCUAUGUACAUAUGCGCUAGCACUGCUAGACUCAAUACAAAUCGAAGCAUGGAACGAUUGGAUGAAGUAUGACUUUUUUUCGUUACCUACCUAGGCUAUACUAUAGAGCGUCAUCCGCUUUACCCCCCGUCG